AUGCCGCGCCGAGUGAUCGCCUCCGGGCGCUCCUGUCUCGAAUGCAGUCGUCGGAAAAUCAAAUGUGAUCGGUCGCGGCCAUGUGGGUAUUGCGUCAAGGUCAAGAUUACCUGUGCGUAUCCAUCGGGGCGACGGCGUUUGAGGAGUCCGGAUGUCGGGGCUUCCGAUGUCAUUGGGAGGAUUGAGCGGAUUGAGGAGACGUUACGGGUGCUGGGGGAGGGUGUGGCGCAGAUUAGGGACUUGUUGCAGGGUGUGUCCUUGCCUUUGUCUACUAGGCCUGAGAUUCCUACCCCCGGGCAAGACUUCAAUGAGGAUGAGUUUCCUGGUUAUGAUCGUCCCAGUCCGGAUUAUGGAUUGCAAGGGAGUGCACCGGAGGCAUGCACUGCUACGUGUGGUAAUGUGGAUUCCUUCAAAGAACUUCGUCCAUCACCCACCACGAUAUCCUUUCUCUGGCAGUGGUACCUGGACAGCGUUGAUCCGGUAUUCAAGAUCUUCCACACUCCCUCCGUCCAGAAAGACGUGAUGCAUAUGACUCGACACGGAACGAGCCCUGAUCUAGCCACCGAAUGUCUGCUUUUCGCCAUCUACUACGCUGCCGUAAUCAGCAUGCCCUCCAACACCUGUCGAGACGAACUAGGCGAGGACAAACCCACUCUACUGCACCGAUACCGCACCGGACUCGAAACCACCCUCACCAAUCUUAACCUCACCACUACCUCCAAUCUGACCGUCCUCCAAGCCGCCACCAUCUUCCUCACAACAACCCGCUCCGACCCGCACGGCGCCCCCGUCCCCACCCUCCUCCCCAUCCUCAUCACCACCGCCCAACGCCUGAACCUCCACCACGACGGCACAACCCUCUCCCUAUCCCCUUUCGACACCGAACUCCGUCGUCUCCUCUGGUGGCACCUGGUAACUCUCGACCUCCGCACCGCCAAAGACCACAACACGCAUCCCUACAUCCGACUCCAAUCAUUCACCACCCAUCUACCCACCAAUAUCCCAGAUACAGCCCUCCACCCGGCGAUGACCACCCCCCCUACCCCUCUUCCCCCGGGCACCAGAUCCCCGGUCCUGUUUACCAUCCUCUACUUCAAAAUAACCCGCCUAUCUCACCGGAUUCUAUACCCCACCACCACAAGUCCAACAACAACAUCCCAAAAACAAAGAGAAAUAAGCACCUUCCGCGAUGAACUGGAAAAUACCUACCUCGUGCACAUGGAUCCAUCUAUUCCGUUGGAUUUUGUAAUAGCUGCUUCGAUGAGACUGAGUCUGGUGAUUCUGAGCCUUUCGCUUUAUAAACCUAUACCUGAACCAGUGAGAAGGUUAACUCGGGUAGGGAGGUAUACGGAUGUAUGUGUGGAUGUCCUCCGCAAAGCAAUCAAGUUGAGGGAGUAUCAACCGGGAAAGAGAUGGGGAUGGUUGUUGCAGAGGGAUGUGGAGUGGGAGGCGUUGGCGUUGGUGUUGGUGGGGGGUUGUGUUAGUGGGUUUGGCGGGGAGGAUGGGGAGGGGGAUGAGAUGUGGGGGGUUGUAGAGAAAGUGGCUGGGUAUUGGAGGGGGGAGUUGGGGGGGAGGGAGAAUCCGAGGUGGGUGCGUAUUGAGGAGUUGAUGGAUCGGGCGGGGAGGGUUAGGGAGGGAGCGAGUACUGGGGAUAAGGAUGAGGAUGGGGUUAGGGUUGGCUUGUCUUCAGAGAGUGGUCUGGUAUCAGACAAAGUCACGGGUGAGGAUUGUGAGCGUGAUGGUGAAGACCUCCCUGGCAACGGGACAGCAUGUGAGUGGAGUACGGCGGCGUUUGAGCAUUACUUUCAUGUGUUGCAGGCAUGA